AGCAUAAAAGUAAACCUUAACGUCAUUUGAAUCCAGAAUGAGAGCUUACAUUAUCGCUUCGGGCUCUGCGCUUUCUGCGUGUUUAGUUUAUGUUUACAUUUACCGCUCUCACAGGUCGGUAGAAACGCACGUGCUAGACAGUAACAAACUUCCUAGUUUGGUUUAUCUCUACGCAAAAUACUGGAUGAGGAUUCUCACGCGGAAACCAGGUGUCCUGCAUGCGGCAGCCGCGACGGAGGUCGAGUAUAGCUUGGUUAACUGCAGGCUGCAGAGGACUGUGUUCAGGAGGUUCUGCAGUGCUGCAGGUUAUGGCUGGGAUUACCCGGAUGCUGAAUUCAGAGACAUCCCGCUGUGUUUCCCAGAAUUCCUGUGUUCCAAACUUCUGCUUUUGCUGCUGACUGAUGAAAACUUCAGGCUCAGUCCAGCAGGACUCGUCCGGGUGCGUCAGAGCCUGCAGACGCUUCAGCCCGUCGAUGAGCUGAAGAAGGGUCCGUUCUCGCUGCAGGCCAGAGUUCUGGGGUAUCAGCAGACCCGUACGGGGGCAGAGGUGGACAUUCGCCUGUCUGCCACCUCCCGCUCUGGAUCCACAGUGUGGGAAAGCGUGCUGACCUUCCUUUCUGAAGGGAGAGGUUCACUCAAGAGUGCAGACGAGAGUCAGCAGCAUCACGGCGAGCAAGCAUCUGGUAACGAGAAGCUUGUGGAGCUCCAAGCCCCCUGGAGAGCUAGCUUCCAGAGCUCAUGGUCGUUCUCCAGCUGCUCCCCUCAGCAGAUAUUCUCUCUGGCAGCCAGGUUCCUCAGCCUCGGUUCAGGCACGGCUUCAGGCCUCUGGAUGCUGUCUGUCUGUUUGGCUGAAAUAGAAAAGCACAAAGGAGUAGAAGUCGUCACAUCUCCAGUCAAAGUCAAGGCACACUUCACAGAGCCCCUUCUGGUGCCAGGGAGAGUAACCAUCCGCUUUUGGGACAAAAACAAGGAUCAGUCUUCUGAAAAAGAUCACAGCUUCUGCAUGGAGCACCACGGACGCAGCACACCCCUCUUGACCGGGGUGAUCUCAAGGACUCAAUUCAAUUAGAACAUUUUUAUUGCUGUCCAAGCACAAAGAAAUACCAAUAUUAUA